UUUGCCACUGGCAUAAAAAUGGUUGCAAGCUUGUUUGCAUGUAUACUUCAUGUGGGUACAAAAUUUGAUUAAACUGUAGUAGGUUAAACUGUUUGAGCAGUUGAAUAAAAUUCCCUGCAAAUUUCUGCACCAAAUUAACUGAGUUGAUUUCAAACAAUCCCUUAGACUGCUUGUAAGUUUAUGUAAACAUGGCAAGCAUGUAACCAGAGAAAUCUGUUUCUACUUCCUUUCUUGUCUACAGCUCUAAUGUUGGGUGUUUAGUCCCUACAACAAGUUCCUAUGUUGUAGAUUGAUAAAGCAGUCCAGAUGUUAUAUCCUGCAGCUGUGUAGUGUGCACUGAGUGACUACACCUGAAAGUGAAUCUGUAGCACAACUAGACAUGUAGACAGGUCACUAUGCUUGGCAUGAUUUGUAUGCCUGUAGUUCAUAAGUAAGGUUUGAAGUGAUUCUUAUGUUCAAGAAAAAAAAUAUCACUAAGAUACUGCCUCUAACUCCUUUUUGAAUCCUGAACAUAUUUACAUCUGGAAGUUAAAAUAUCUCUUUCCAGCCCUGUAGCUCUGUAUGUUUGUACUUACUACAGUGCGUUGUAAUUACAGUAUGGCUUUACCAUGAUGCUGAUUGUCACAACUACUCUUUACAGAUUUUUUUUUCUUUUAAAUAACUAUUACAAAAACCUCUGCAUCUACACAUUCCGUGCUCAGCUUUACUCUGAUGUACACCUUGGAAUUACAGCAUGCAUAUUGUGUCACAGCACGGGGUGCAAACACAGAAUCGAAUGACGUUUCAGGCACUUGUUUGCAAGCUCAUCUCUCUAUACAGAAGCUUUCUUGGCAAAUCGCUUGGUCUGUCAUCCCAUCAGAAGAGAACUGGAUGCAACUCUUCCAGCCUUGCUGUUGCCUAAGUGUCAAUUAAGUGGAUUGUCAAGUUGGCUUGAAAAAAAAAACCAGCAGCAGAAGAUGUUUCAUGUUGUAAAGUAUCAGCCUUUGAGACUGAUAACCCAAAGCAGUCUUUCUGGCAUGUGUUUAAAACUGAUGUUUUCAAGACCUGUAGCGUUUGCACAGAUAUGGAAGUCGUGGUUCUCAAGCCAUUCUCUUGUUGGAAACAAAAAUAUUAUCCUGAUGGGACCUCCAGGUGCCGGGAAAACAACAGUUGGGAGAAUAGUAGGUCAGAAACUGGAUUGCCCUGUCAUAGAUAUAGAUGAUGAUGUCCUUGAAACAACCUGGAAUAUGAGUGUGUCGGAAAAGCUGCAGGAUGUUGGUAAUGAGCAAUUUUUAGAGGAGGAAGGAAAAGCCCUGUUGAAGUUCUCAGCAUCUGGAAGUGUCAUUUCCCUUACUGGGUCCAAUCCGAUGCAUGCUGCUGGCAUGCAGCAUGUGAAGAAAAAUGGAAUAGUUGUGUAUCUGGAUGUGCCCACAGCGGUUAUUAUGAGCAGGCUGAAGUCAAUGAAGGUGGAUCGCAUUGUGGGCCAGGGGCCUGACACUUCUCUCAAGGACAUCCUUCAGUUUAGGAAGCAGUUCUACAAAAGGUGGUACGACAUCCGCGUUCUUUGUGGAGGGGAUGUGGCAGCAGAGGUCGUGGCAGAAAAGGUACUUGAUGCUGUGAAGAGAUACCAAAACUCAGAACUGGAAACUUACGUUUCAACUAGGUCUAGUAGGUCUGGAAGGAGCACACAAAAAGACACUCACAAGUAUUUCAGUGACGUUGUUAUUGAGGGCUUAGCCCCUGAUGGAGGGCUCUUUGUUCCUGAGAGAGGACUUCCAAAAUUCACUGCCGAAGAGUGGCAAAGCCUAAUAGAAGGAACGUAUGCUGAAAGAGCCCAGGUGGUACUUGAGAGAUGCAUACAUCCUGCUGAUAUUCCUGCAUCGAAACUGGGAGAAAUUAUUGGCACUGCUUAUGGAGAAAACUUCUCUUGUUCUAAAAUUGCCCCAGUUAGGCAUUUGACAGGCAAUCAGUUUCUCCUUGAGUUAUUUCAUGGACCGACAGCUUCAUUUAAAGAUUUUGCCUUACAGAUGGUGCCGCACAUAUUUGCGUACUGCAUUCCCAGGAGCUGCAAUUACUUGGUUCUGGUAGCUACUUCUGGUGACACAGGGAGUGCUGUCCUGGAUGGCUUCAGUCGUCUCCCUGACACUGACAAACAGAGAAUUGCUGUCAUGAGUUUUUUUCCUGAGGAUGGAGUAAGCCCCAUUCAAAAAUCACAGAUGAUUGGCUGUCAGAAGGAAAACGCCUGGUCCAUAGGCGUCAAAUCCGAUUUUGAUUUUUGCCAGACAGCUAUAAAACAAAUCUUUACCAAUUCUGAUUACACCGGUUUUCUUACAGUGGAAUAUGGCACAGCUUUAGCAGCAGCAAACUCCAUAAAUUGGGCACGACUGCUUCCGCAGAUAGUUUAUCAUGCCUCUGCAUACCUUGAUCUCGUUCAGCAAGAUAUUAUUGCUUUUGGAAGUCCUGUAGAUGUUUGCAUUCCUACAGGGAACUUUGGCAACAUAUUAGCUGCUUUGUAUGCUAAAAUUAUGGGAAUCCCUAUUAGAAAAUGCAUUUGUGCUUCCAAUGAAAACAACGUUUUGACUGACUUUAUACAAACAGGUAUCUAUGAUUUGAGGGGAAGAAAGUUAGUUCCCACUUUCUCACCAGCAGUAGAUAUUUUGAAGUCCUCCAAUCUUGAGCGGUACUUGCACCUGAUCGCUGAUGGUGAUGGACAACUGGUGACACAAUUGUACAACCAGCUGGAAAAUCAGGGCCACUUUCAGCUGCAGAAAGAUCUACUUGAAAAGCUUCAGCAGGACUUGGUGGCUGGCUGGUGCUCUGAGGACGACUGUCUCGCUGCCAUUCACUCAGUAUACAGCACCACAGGAUAUAUUUUGGAUACACACACAGCUGUUGCUAAAGUAGUUGCAGAUCGAUUACAAGACAGAACUUGCCCAAUUAUUAUUUCAUCUACAGCUCAUUAUUCGAAGUUUGCACCUGCUAUCUUGAGGGCCUUGAGGAUUGCGGAAAUAAAACAGAACCCAUUAAGUCAGCUUCACUUGCUGAGUUCUUACAGCCCUCUGCCUCCAGUCCACUGGGGCCUAUUAGAGACACUGAAAAAGAAUGAGAAUGAGGAUCACCAGGUCUGUGCUGCUGAUCUCAGUGUGCUGAUGUCCCGUAUAGAAACCUUAAUUCAAAAUCAUUUUAUGAAAGUUUUCUGAGCAACUGGUCAGACAUCCACUGUGUCAAUUGUGUGCUUUAACCAUCCGCAUGCUUUAAUAAAGUCAGAUUUGUCUGGCCUGUGUCCAGGCCACAGCGUAACA